CCUCCCCCUGUCUAUUCGCCAGAGCCGCCCGACGACGAGUCGAUGUCCGAUGGCGGCGGCGGCCCCGUCGAGCCCCAAAUCCUCAUCCUUCCUACCGGGAACGAUGUCAGCUUCCAGAAGGGAUACCUAGGCGCAGACGGCGAGCGGGCAGCCAUUGAGGGUGAGCUGCAGCUCAAGUGUGCGGAUAACUUCAAUUGGGAGAAAGUAACCAUGUCGCUACGGACUGUAGAGACCGCGAGCGGCUCCGAGAUCGAGCUCGCCGCCUCGGACGUAGUGUUGUAUUCGUCGAGUUCUGAGGUCCGCUCGUUGCGGUCCAGCUUUCCCUUCGCGAUCCCACUGCCGCCGGACACGCCACAGUGCAUACACACAGCCCGUUCGUCGUUGACGCACACUCUGACCGCGAACGUCUAUGCGUCGGGCAAUGCUACCCCUGUGCUGUCCAAGUCAGUGACUGCCCAUACACGCCGGUAUACCACGCAUUCGUUCGGCAGCCCUAUAUCCCCGGAGAGCAGGUCGCUCGACGAUCCUACGCGUGUCGAGGUCCAGAUCCCGCGCACAACGUUUAGGCUGGGUGAUCAUCUGCCGAUCUACGUGACUGUGCCCGCUCCUAGACGCGAAUUGGUCGUCGAGCAAGGGCUCAGGCUGCGGAACAUCCGCGCAGAGCUGGUGCGGACUGUGAGAAUCAAGGGGAAGGACGAAGACGAUUCCACCUUCGGCUCGAGGCUCGACGACGACUUGCUUGAUGACGGCGAUGUGGGCAGGCAGAAAGCUGACGCCUUGCCGUCCUCAUCCUCGCAAGCUGCAUCGUCUGCUGGUCUUUCGGGAGAACAUAAGGUCAUCUCUCUGUCUGGAGCGUCCUGCCGCUUGCACCCAACACGCCCCAUCCGCAUGCGACUCGUGUUGCAUCCUCCAGUGGAGUCGCCCCCGGCGCUCCCAGCAUCAGACCUCCCCGCCGGUGACUUCUAUGCGGCCGACACCAUCGAGUGCGCUACUAUCUCGCAGACGACCCUGCUGCAUUCCGUGUCAUUCAAGCUUCGCGUCAAAGUGGCCUUCAUGCACAUGUCGACCCGCACCGAGCGCAUCUCAACAGUGAGCAUCCCCAUCGUCAUCCUUCCGCCGCCCGCCCCUCUCCCCGAGAUCGAGGAGUCGAUGAAUACAGCGUACCACAAGAAGCACGAUCGCCCGCCGUCGCGGACACACCGCGCGGACGACGCCGACGUGCCGCACUAUGACGCGGCAGGCCCAAGCUUCCUCAGCGGGGCGCCCCCGCCUUUCGAGGAGCGCGAGGCCCCGCCGCCGUUCUUCUCCACGGUCCCCGAGGCGUCCUCCUCGACGCGGCUGCCGACGUUCCUCGAGUCGGAACGCGAGAUCUACGUAGCCUCGAACGACGACGGCCUCGACUCGCACACAUUGCCCGGCCAAAGCCUCGUUAUCGAAGGCGAGGGCACGCUGUUCGGAUUCGCCGCGACGGAGCAGUUCGACGGGCAUGCGGACAUGGACCGCUCGUUUACCCCGCCGCCGACCGUCGAAAUGGCAACGCGCGACACUGACGUGACGGGCCUGGCGAACCUCAGCCCUAACGUCGCCAUACAGGCGUUGGGUGUGGCUCUAGGCUUAGAUGAUCCCGAAAAUGACGAGCACGAGCCCCCGCCUCCGCCCCCACCCAUGGACGACCCGUCCGAUCCCCCGCCCUCCAUAGACUCCGACUUCCGCGGGCCUCAAGGGACUCACGAGACACCUAGUCCUCGUCCGCCUCAUCCGCCCGGGCUCCAUAUUGUAGGUCAGCCCGAUGGGCACGCCCCUCCGCCUUACCGCGUCCCCGAUAGCGACGAUGGACACGAUCACAGCUCAGGACCGCCACCCUACGUAGACCUUGUACAUCACCCGCAUUGAUCAAAUCUGCUGCUCAUAGCUGUC